UUGAGCUUAUAAAAUGCGUCUCUUCUUUGGAUUGUUGUCAAUUUUUGGUCUUACCUUGAUGUUUGCGUUAAUCAUCAGUGCUGAAUCAUCUGGAAAGUCCCGGAAUCGAGAAGAUCGUUUUGAUCUGGAGAACGAAAGCAUUGAGAGUAAAGAGAGCGACGAUCUUAUAGCGUCAUGUGAAAGUGCAGAGAGUGCGGAAAAAUAUAGCUGCCGGCAGAGGAAAACGGAAUACCCAAAGCGAAAAACUUUCUAUUUUGCGCUUUAA